AUGAAAGAGGGUUUUGAGAUGGUGGAACGGCCACAAUACGAGAUUGACCGCGUCAUGCUCAACAUCAAAGAAAACAAGGCUCCAAACUUUUACGGAGACUUCAAACUCUAUGUUGGGAAUAUUGCCUUUGAGUGUGUGGAGCAAGACAUUUAUGAGGCAUUUAGCAAGAUUGGUUCGGUGGGAGAUGUUUCUCUAGUCAGGGAUGACAUUGGGAGAAAUCGAGGAUUUGGAUUUGUUACCAUGCGAACAGCAGAACAAGGAGAAGCAGCCAUGGCCGAAUUGGAUGGAACCGAGAUUAAAGGACGCAAUAUUGCUGUCAGGCCUUCCAACAACUAA